AAUAUGUAAGCUCCUGCACUUUCCAGUUUUAGUCUCACUCCUAAGUCGUACUAUUCAAAAUUGAAUGUUAUAGGUUCCCGCUAUUCCGUUUUAAGUCAUGGUGUUUAUGGGACGUCAUCUCUCACGAUCUCUCGUGUACCAGCUAAAGCAAUCCAGUUUGAGCCGAUUCUUCCUAAGGUCGCCAACUAAUUUGUCCGUUUACUUGGGACAACCAAGGUUUCUUGGCCACAAAUCCCACGCAUAUGAUGAUUUAAGCUCGAAAAUUCGAAUGAAAACUAAUUGCAUGAGCCAUGAAAGGAACAUGGUAAUGAAAGGUGAUCAAUCAGGGCCGAAAAAAUCCUACUGCCACCGCAGGAUCUACAGACCAUUCCAACUUAAAAUCCGUGCUCUUAAAAUAUGCCUGAACCAACAACGCUCGUUUUGCAAAGAGGCCGAGGAAGAUGGAUGCUAUUGCAAAAAGCUGGAGGAUGAGAGCUGCGCUCUGAAACCCUUGCCAAAAGCGGAACCCAAAAAAUGCUCAAGGAUAUCCAGAAAGAGGAAGCAUUUACUUGAGCAGAAGAAGAAAGCGGAGGAGGCUAAAGCCCCACCACAAUCGCAGUGUGAAGCAAAUUUAGACGAAGCUGUUGACGAGCUGAAGUACAGUUGCAUGCUAGCUUCCGAGAAGAAAGACUGCGAGCGCAGGCAGUACAAGGCCCUCUGCGAAGAAUUGAGAAAGUCGAAGCAGCAGGGGGAUCCCAAGUCCGUAGAUUCUCUUGUAAAGUGCAUGCUUUCUGGCAUAAAGAAGGCGUGUGUUGUUCACGCCGAGAAGAUUGUCUACCAGCAGAAGUUCGCUGAACAAAUUGCGGCUGAGGAGGCGGAGCGAAAGGAAAGGGAUAAGAAAGUGGGAAAGCCUCUCGACUGCACUAAGCCAAAUGAGGAGGAUGACACAAUUGGCGCAAAGAACAAGGCGGAGAAGAAGAAGGCCAAGGAGAAAGCCGAGCUGAAACGAUUGCUCAAGGAAAUAAAGGCCAAGUGCAAGAAGCAGCGUGAGGAAGCUGAGCGCAAGAAGAAAGAGGAAGAGGAGCUAAACAAGAAAUGUAAAGAAGCAGCUGCUAAGAAGAAAUGUGAAGAACUGGAGGCUAAAAAGAAAUGCGAGGAGGCGGCGGCCAAAAAGAAAUGUGAAGAAGCGGCUGCUAAAAAGAAAUGCGAGGAGGCGGCGGCCAAAAAGAAGUGUGAAGAAGCGGCUGCUAAAAAGAAAUGUGAAGAAGAAGCAGCCAAAAAGAAAUGCAAGAAACCAGCACUGAAAAAUAAAUGCGAAGAAUCAGCGGCCAAAAACAAAUGUAAAGAGGCAGCUGCUAAAAAGAAAUGUGAAGAAGCGGCUGCUAAAAAGAAAUGUGAAGAAGAGGCUGGUAAAAAGAAAUGCCAAGAGGCAGAGGCAAACAAGAAAUGCGAAGAAGCCGAAGCCAAAAAGAAAUGUGAAGAAGCGGCUGCUAAGAAGAAAUGCGGAGCAAACGACGCAACUGUGAAAAAGUGUGAGGCAGAUAAAAAGAAGAAAUCCGAAGAGGCCGAGAAGAAGAAGAAAAGCGAAGAAGCCGCUCUUCAGAAGAAAUGUGCGGAAGCCAAGAAGAACAAGGCAUGUGAAGCCGAGAAAAAGAAAAAAUCUGAAGAAAGCGAACGGAAGAAAGACUGCCAUCUAGCCGAAUUCAAAAAAAGGUGUAAUGAGCUGAAGAAAAAGAUUGAAGAGGCAAGAUGCGAAGAGAAGAAUGUCAAGUAGCCAACCAUAGCCAUCCGAAGAAAGAAGCCAUCCCACGGAGACGUGGGAGAUGAAGUCCCUAUCCUAAAUAUAUUUAAGCUGUAUUAAAGUUAAAUACUGAAAUCAA